AUGUACGUAGAGUUCAUGCAAAAGUACAAGGAACUGCGACAUAUGAUGCUUGCACCAGCGCCAGCUGAGCCACAACGAGGUACCUGUUACCUGCCGCAUCACGGGGUCCUGCGUCCGGACAGCACUUCCACUAAGCUGAGGGUCGUGUUCAACGGCUCGAGCUCCUUGCCGAACGGGGACUCUCUCAACCAAUUUCUUCUGACUGGACCGAAUCUGCUUCCUGCGCUGGCUGACAUCCUGCUGCGUUGGCGACGCCACAGAUACGUCUUCGCUGCCGAUAUCGAAAAGAUGUAUCGGCAGAUCCUAGUGCAUCCGGACGAUCGAAGCCUGCAGCGAAUCCUGUGGAGAGACGACUCUAAGAACGACGUCCAGGAGUUCUGGCUAUGCACGGUCACUUACGGGCUCUCAUGCGCCCCGUAUCUGGCCAUCCGUACCUUACGCCAACUCGCCGAGGACGAAGAGCAUCGCUUUCCGAAAGGCGCCGACAUCCUGCGGAGCGAUGUCUACAUGGAUGACAUCCUGUCCGGUGCCAAGAAUCAAGAGGAAGCAGAAUCUAUGGUGAGGCAGCUGACAAAUAUAUGCACGGCGGGCGGGUUCACACUAAAAAAGUGGUCUACAAACGCCUCCUACCUGCUGAGCCUCGUGGAACCGGACGCGCGCCUGCAACAAGAGGCCAGAUGGUGGCUGCCCGGCGAGAGUCAUUCCACUCUCGGCCUUCGAUGGCAACCGUGCGACGACCGCUUCGCCUUCGCCACCCACCGGAUCACUCUCUCAGCGGUCACCAAAAGGUCGGUCCUUUCUUUGACGGCCAAAUUAUUCGAUCCACUCGGCUGGCUGUCUCCAACGACUGUGCUGGCCAAAAUCAACAUCCAGGCUACCUGGCUACUAGGUCUCGACUGGGACGCGUCUCUGCCAAGCGAGGAAGCCAGAAAAUGGCUGCGAUUCCAGGAGGAGCUAGCGGCAUUGGAGAAACUAGUCGUGCCUCGUUGGUUAGGAGCCCUAGCUGACUCCCAUCAAGAGGUUCACGGAUUUGCCGAUGCCUCCGAACGUGCCUACGCCGCAGUCAUCUACCUGCGAACAAACACAAACGGAGUUAGGAGAGUGACUUUAUUAGCUGCGAAGACCAAGCUCGAUUGGCCCCACGUCGUGCCUCUUAUUGGCGCAGAAAAGGCGCCUCUCCAUCUGUGGUCGGAUUCCACCGUGACUCUCGGCUGGAUCCGGGGCCACCCUUCGUCCUGGGUCACUUACGUCGCUAAUCGGGUGAGUGAGAUCCAGACGCUGACUCCGGACGCCCACUGGCACCACGUCCCCGGCCGAGAGAAUCCCGCGGACUGCGCGUCACGAGGACUCUACCCCAGCGAGCUUGUGGACCAUUCACUAUGGUGGCAAGGUCCGUCGUGGCUGUCCUCCGAGAGCCAACCGUGGACGAUCAACUGCGAGGAGCCACCAGAGGAUGACCUCCCAGAGAGGCGCGUCCGCGCCCACGUCGCCGCCAUCGCCGAACAAAGGACUGAGCCGGAGAUGCUUCUUCGAUACUCGUCGCUACAACGCCUGCUCCGGAUCACUGCGUGGUGCCGUCGCUGGCUGCGGAUCCAUCGUCAGGACCACCUCGCGCAUGGCCAGCCCGGCUUGAACAGCGCCGACGAGAUCGAGGACUCCCGGAUCUCCUGGUUAAAAAUCAUCCAGGCUGAAACAUACAAAGAAGAACUGAGACACCUGAAGAAUGGAAAGCCUCUGCCGACUCGAAGCUCCCUACUGAAGCUAAGUCCUUUUCUGGACAGUGAGGGACUCCUACGCGUCGGCGGGCGCCUUAAACACGCUGCACUGCAGUAUGAUGCCACGCAUCCAACCAUACUACCAAGCAGAUCUAAUUUUACUUGCCUCAUCAUCGACGACUACCACAAGCGGACGCUGCACGGCGGCACCCAGUUGACCUUGUGCUCUCUUCGCCAGGAGUAUUGGGUCCCUCGAGGUCGCGCUCUAGUGAAGAGCCGCAUCAGCCGGUGUCUAAGGUGCACCAGAUGGCGGGCUGCCAUCCCUCAGCCACUGAUGGGGGACCUCCCGGCACCACGAGUUACUCCAGGCCGGCCGUUUCUGCAUACCGGCGUAGACUACGCCGGACCGAUUUGGAUGCGAACAGCAGGGGGCCGCGGACUCAAGGCGACAAAAGGUUUUAUUGUUGUCUUUAUUUGUUUAGCUUCCCGAGCAGUCCACCUCGACGCGGCCUCGGACUACACCGCUGACGCCUUCCUUGCCGCCUUGCGUCGGUUCGUCGCCAGGCGAGGAGUCUGCCACUCGCUAUAUAGCGACUGCGGCACCAACUUCGUGGGUGCCGAUAAGCAGCUUAGGCAACUAUUCUCCGCCGCCAGUGCCGACGGACAUCGCAUCGCAACCUUCGCCGCCCAGGAAAGAAUCCGGUGGCGGUUCAACCCGCCAGCUGCACCUAACUUCGGCGGUUUAUGGGAAGCUGCCGUGAAAGCGAUGAAGCACCACCUUCGGCGAGUCAUCGGUGACGCCACCCUCACCUACGAGGAGAUGACUACUCUCCUAGCCCAAAUUGAGGCCUGCCUCAAUUCCAGACCGCUGCAGCCGUUGUCUGACGAUCCGGAGGAUGUAGCCGCACACACCUGGUCACUUCCUGGUCGGCUCCGCUCUCUCGGCGAUCCCCGAACCGUCGCUCGAACGAGAGCCGUCGGCACGUCUCUCACGGUGGCAGCUCCUGCAAAACAUGAAGGACCAUUUCUGGUCUCGGUGGGUCAGCGAAUACUUACACACGCUGGCCCAUCGGCCGAAAUGGUCCCGAAUUAA